GGCGGACUAUCGGCAGCCCCCAUAUCGAAUCGCCCGCACACGCAAAUGCAACUCUGUUGUGACAUCUCGCUCGUUGGAAAAGCAAAAGCAGGCGCAAAAUAAAUAAAUUUGCUCACGUCCCCAUACAAUUCUCUUUGUACAGUCGCAAAAGCAAACUAAUAAUCGAAGAUGAGCUACGCCGCUGAUGUUCUGAACUCGGCCCACUUGGAGCUCCAUGGCGGUGGCGACGCCGAGCUGCGUCGUCCCUUCGAUCCCACGGCCCACGAUCUGGAUGGCUCCUUCCGGCUCACCCGGUUCGCCGACCUCAAAGGACGCGGCUGCAAGGUGCCGCAGGAUGUGCUCUCCAAGCUGGUGUCCGCCCUGCAGCAGGACUACUCCGCCCAGGACCAGGAGCCGCAAUUCCUCAACGUGGCCAUUCCCCGGAUCGGCAUCGGUCUGGAUUGCUCCGUAAUCCCGCUGCGACACGGCGGACUCUGCCUGGUGCAGACCACCGACUUCUUCUACCCCAUCGUCGAUGAUCCCUACAUGAUGGGCAAAAUUGCCUGCGCCAAUGUGCUCAGCGAUCUGUACGCCAUGGGAGUCACCGAUUGCGAUAAUAUGCUGAUGCUCCUGGCGGUCAGCACCAAGAUGACGGAGAAGGAGCGCGACGUUGUUAUCCCCCUGAUCAUGCGGGGCUUUAAGGAUUCCGCUUUGGAGGCGGGCACCACUGUGACUGGAGGCCAGAGCGUGGUCAACCCCUGGUGCACCAUUGGGGGAGUGGCCUCGACCAUUUGCCAGCCCAACGAGUACAUUGUGCCCGAUAAUGCCGUGGUGGGAGAUGUACUGGUGCUGACCAAGCCACUGGGCACCCAGGUGGCUGUGAAUGCCCACCAGUGGAUUGACCAGCCGGAGCGCUGGAACCGCAUCAAGCUAGUGGUGUCCGAGGAGGAUGUGCGCAAGGCCUAUCAUCGCGCCAUGAACUCCAUGUCGCGGCUAAAUCGUGUGGCCGCUCGCCUCAUGCACAAGUACAACGCCCACGGAGCCACUGACAUCACUGGAUUCGGACUGCUUGGUCACGCUCAAACCCUGGCUGCCCACCAGAAGAAGGACGUGUCCUUUGUCAUUCACAAUCUGCCAGUGAUCGCCAAGAUGGCCGCGGUGGCCAAGGCCUGCGGCAACAUGUUCCAGCUGCUGCAGGGUCACUCGGCCGAGACCUCGGGAGGAUUGCUGAUCUGCCUGCCGCGCGAGCAGGCCGCCGCCUAUUGCAAGGACAUCGAGAAGCAGGAGGGCUACCAGGCCUGGAUCAUCGGAAUCGUCGAAAAGGGCAACAAGACCGCCCGCAUCAUCGACAAGCCGCGCGUCAUCGAGGUGCCCGCCAAGGAUUAGGUCUCCUCCAUGCGCCCAACCGCUUUUGUCUACCUUAAGUAUCGUAAUAUUAACGUAACUGCUGCUCCCCUCAGUUGUAACCGGCUUUAUCGGUCCUUGUUUUUUAUAAAAAAGCUUAUCAACUACAGAUUCUAUGAUCACUAUAAUCAUGGACGUCGCUACUGAAAUACGAGUGAAUAAAAUGAAAACACUUGACUCUUUUGUAUCGAGUAAACGAA